AUGCAGGGCACCAAUAUCAUAUGGCGAAGCCACGAUGAUAGUAUUGCACAGAGAUCGGCCAUAGACCAGGCUCGCUACGAAAAAAACCUCCAGGGCCACGAGAAGCGAAGAGUGACGUCGACCGAUGAGUCGCAGCGAGAUAAAAGUACGACUGCCGCCUAG